AUGCGCGAGGUGUGGAGCAGUGACAUCGCAAGGAAGGUGCUCAGGGUGUGGGAGUGCGCCAUGUGCGGGGCAGUCACUCAGUUCGGAUCCAUGGCGAGCUCCUCUGGCGAUGCAGGCUACAUGGCUCACAUUUCAUGCGGAGGAUGCAAGACGCAAUUGAUGUAUCCUCGCACAGCUGAAUCUGUGAAAUGCGCCCUUUGCAACCACAUCACUCCAACAACAGUUCCUCUUGACUCAAGCCUCAACAUGAUAGUCAUUCAGAACCCUGACAGUCGAAGUGGAGAUGCAUUUGUUGUCGGGUAA